AUGUUGAUCCAGCUAUGGUUCGUGCUGCUCGGGCUGCUGAUGCUCCCCGGCAGCCAGGCGAAUCUACCUCCUCCAGCGCCGCUGCCCCCGCCCCCUCCGCCGCCGAAUUCCAAGCCACUGCCCCAACCGAUGCCGGUGAGCAAGCGUAUUUUUAAUUUGGGUGGGCUCGUAGUGAACGUGUACGGCCUCGAUCUUUUGGCACCGGAGGUGAAUGGAACGAAGCCCGACAUUAGCGUCCUGAUCCACAUGCACGGCCGCUCGCACUCGGCGCUCGACGAGGAGCCGCUCGUGCAGAUUCUCUUUGGCAACGUCCGCCAACACAUGACCGACGACCCGGCGCGGUCCAAGAACGACUUUUUGCUCGCGACGUUUGACGCACCGGACCACGGCAACCGCACGACGAUGAAGCAGGAGCAGGACGACUACUCCACCGGAAACAAGCAGUUUGGCAUCGACCAAUACGCCAUGAUCGUGGGUGAUGCCAAGGAUGCCUCGUUUUUGAUUGAUUUCCUGCCGUCGUACGUCUUUCCCAACGGCGAGCGCCAGAUCACGAACUGGACCAUCUCUGGACGUAGCAUGGGCGGCCACGCCGCGUGGCACGUCCUGGCCGACGACCCCCGUGUGGAGACGGGCGUUGUGUUUAUCGGGUCGCCCGACUACUUCAAGUUGCUCGAAGGCCGUACGGCAGAGAACAAGAUCCCGAUGGAGCCCCCCUAUGUCCCCAACACGUUCAUGCAGACGCUGAACCGGACGAACCCGGCAAACAAGCCAUAUACCUCGUACAACCCCAAGCUCAAUCCUUUCUGGGGUAAGCGCAUCUUUGCCGGCAACGGUGCGGCGGAUCCGCUGGUCCACUUUGCCUACUCAUCCGAGUUCCUCUCGAACCUGGUCCUGGGCCCCAAGGGAGACGAUGAUGCCGAACAGUCGCUCGAGAUUUAUGUGCAGCCCGACGUGCCGCACACGGUGACGACCGAGAUGCUUGAGCUUGCAGGUCGUUGGGUAUAUCGCUGGACGAUUGCCAAGAAGCCUCUGCUGCUGCAGCCCCCGCCAAAGAUUCCCGCCGCAACCGAGGCACGGCCGCCCACGAGCGCCGUGGUGCAGACGAGCUAUGCUCAGAAGCCUACUACGAUUUAA